AUGAUUAAAGACAACAAGUUAACCAUUGACAAUAUUAAUCACAGGCUCAUAAAUCAAGUAAAUGUAGAAAAUGAAACAAAUAAAAUAUGUGAAAUAAAAGAUUAUUCAGAUAAAACAUCCAGCUACCUAAAAAAUGAUGACCAAGCAUCUGAGAAAUCUUCUUAUGGAAUAAAAAACUUUAUGAAAAAUACUCAUUUGGUUAAUUCCAUUGAAUAUGGUGAAAUAACAAAACAUGAUGUUCUUUCGAACGAAAAAAGUAUUAAUUAUGAAAAUAAAACUAGUAAUAAUACAUUUAACGAAAUAAAUCAGGCGGAGUCAAGGUGUAGUAGUUUCAGCUUUCAUUCUGAUAUAAAUGAUGAAAUAAUGGUGUAUGUUAAUAAUAUAAGUAAGGGUAUUAACUCUAGUAUGGAUUAUGAAGUUGGUACGUACAAUAAUUUAUCAAAUGUUCAUAUACUAAAUAAUGAACAAUUACACGAAAGGGAAGGCAUUUUGGGAGACACACACUCCAAGCAAAUCAACCUAAGCACACAUGACAUGAAUGUAGACACCAACGGGGUUCAUAAUGUCAACUCGAAUAUAAUCGAAAAAAAAUCCAAAAAUGAAAACAAUCAAGAUGGAGAUAAUCAUCAGGGAAAAAGAAAAAGCGCUGAGGAAGAUGAUUCCAGUUGCAAUCCGAAAAACAACAACCAUCACAUUCUUGAUAGUACAAACUGUUCAAUGGAUUCUAUAACGAAUCAUAAGCAUAUCACCUCUGAAGAUGAUAAAUCAUUAAGUAGGCAUGAAAAGAAGGAAUGUACGUCCAUACACAAAAAUGAAGAGACGAUUCUUAAAAAAAAAAAUGAAAAUAUCGGAUCUAAUAUAAGAAGCAUUAAUAAGGACAAUGAUUUAUCGGAGUAUACCAAAGAAGAGACACAAAUGGAUAAGGCAGAUGUAGUUCAAAAAAGGAAAAAAUCAGAAUUGUUUAAAAAUUAUUCACAUUAUGAAAUUAUGAAUGUUUUGUGUAAUUAUUGGAAUAAGGAAAUACUAUCCUCAGAGUUUUUUUACCCUCAUGAAGAUGUAAAGAAAUUUGAUGAAAAAUCUCAUUAUGAACAUCAUAAAAAUGAAAUGAACAACGUAGACAUGGGAGUAGUAGCAGAAGGAGGAAUAGGAGGAAAAGUACGUACAAAUGAUGACCCUAAUUCAAUUGAGAGGAAAAAUUUAGAAAUAGAUAAACAUAUUGAAAACUCAAAUAGGUUAACUAAAAAAAAGGAAGAAAUUCUCCAAUUACUUCUUAAAAAUUUAAGCAAAAAUGAGAUAGAUAAUAUAAAUAAAAAUUUAUUAUUCUUAAAAAGAAUGCAAAAAUAUUUUUACCAAAAAUAUAUUAAUAUAAGAUUCCCAAAUGAUUUAAGUGAUCACCGUUAUUUUUUGCACUUAGAUUGGUUCAACAAGUUGAAAUCAUUUAUCUUUUCUGAAAAUGGGGAAUACCCAGGCUGUAUUUCAAAUUAUAAAUUAUAUGAUAACAUUGAGUCAUUAAACCUUUCGGACAAUAAUUAUAUGAUAAAUAAAAAAGACUUAAAAACUAAUUUAAAAGAGGGAAAAGAUUAUAUAUGUAUUAAUCAGUAUAUGUGGAGAUUUCUACAUUUCAUAUUUAGAGGUGGACCAUGUGUUAAAAGAUAUAGCAACAAUAUAUAUGAUCGUUAUGUUCCUGUAUCAAAUUCUGAUAUUAUGAAUAAAAAUAUUAUAUAUUUGAUAGAACCAAAGUAUGUGGAUAAUUUAUUUUCCUCAUUUAACUAUUCUAAUGAUGAACUUUUGCAAGUUAGUACAGAUUCAAAGGAAAAAAGUACAGAUGAAGCAUACAAAAUACUUUCGAAUGCAACAUCAUUAUCAAGCUCUUCUUCCAUUUCUCAUCCCACACUUCUGAAUGUAACGGAAAAAAAUAACAAAAUAAAACAAUGCGCACACAACUACUAUGAAUUUUUGCAUUUUUACGAAAUAAAAGAAAAAGAAUACAACUCUUCGUUCUACUUGGAAUAUGAUCAAUCCAAUCCAAAAGUUAUGAACAAAAUGAUUGAAUUAAAAAAUAAAAAUUCUUAUGAAAGCUUGUACUCUUUUUAUUCAAAUGAAGAUGACAUUUUAAGUCGUAAUGACAUUAUUCACAAUGCAAAUCUUUCCAAUAUAAAAACAGAUUCUAGUGAAUUAAUUAAAAAACAAAACAUUAUAGAGAAAGAAAAAAUGGAAAACAAACUGAGUGUCGAUUUUAUUCAAAAUCAGACCAAAAACAUGUCUCUAGGCAACAUUGACACGAUACAUGGAACCUCAUCGUCCAAAGUCCUCGCGCGGGUAUUAAAUGAAAAUGUGAAAAAUGCUUAUCCGGGGAAUGAUGCGGACUCGACGGGGGGGGGCAUGGGGGGGAAUAAUAACAAUGACAAUAACGAUGGCAAAAGAAAUAGCAACAAUAGUAACAAUAAUAACAACAGCGGUAGCGGCAGCGGCAGCGGCAGCAGCAGAAACAACAACAACAACAGCAACAACAACAACAGCAACAGCAACAACAACAACAGCAACAACAGCAACAGCAACAGCAACAACAACAACAGCAACAACAACAACAACAACAGCAACAACAACAACAACAACAAUAAUAACAGUGAUAAAGACCAGAAUAAUGACGAUAAAAAUAAUGACAGCAAAAAUAGCAACGAAAACGAAGACAGCAGUAAGAACAAGAAGAACAGUAACAGUAACAAUCAGGAGGAACAAGAAACGUCAACAACAGCAAAACUGAAGGAAGCGAAGGAAACAACCCAGAGCAGCGGCAUGAAGAGAGAAAACCAAUCCGAUAAUAAUAAUUGCUACUUCGGACCCAAGGCCCGUGUUGGUUCACCCAGCAUUCUAAGUUCGAAUUACACUCAUAAAAACAGUAAUUUAUGUAAAACUAGUAAUAAUAAAAUGGGAAAUUCGAAUAUUAAUCAUCAUAACAAUUCAGAUAAAGUGCUCUUAGCCCCGCCUCCAAAAAAGAAUUCAUUAGGAUUCUAUUCCUCAAACGGAAACGAAAUAUAUAAAUCAUGCGAAGAGUACAAUGCUGACAAUGGGGAUGAUGCAUCUAGUAAUGGAUACUUAACAACCAGUGAGACCGAUUCUAAGGGAACUACAGAUAGCAGUGUUAAAAGUGCAGCAAUUCCAUCUACCCAUAAGGAUAAAAAGAAUAAAGAUGACAAAAAUUUGCAACAUAAAGAUGAGGAACAAGACGAAAUAUAUUGCAAAAAAGAAAGUAUCCAGAAAAGGAACAUUAGUUAUAGAAAGAGCAGCAUGCACAGCAGUGACAUCAGUGAUGGAAACGAUGGAAGCAAUGGUAGUAGCAUUUCCAGUGGUGCUAUUCCCAAAAAAGUAUCUACUGAAAAAGAUGGAUCUACUACCACUAGUAAAAGGGAUAAGAGAAAGGAAGAAUACGAGAAGAAUUUCCAUAUAAAAAAACAACCAGAUGGAGUGGUUGCAAAGAAAGGUAUAUUAUCAUUAAAUAACACGCUAAACCACACCAAUUUAAUGUUGAAGGAAAGAAGCAACUAUUAUAGUAAUAGUAGUAGCAGCAAUGGAAGUAGCAACCGAAGCAGUAGUGGAAGUAGCAACCGAAGCAGCAAUGGAAGUAGCAACCGAAGCAGCAGUGGGAGCAGCAAUUUUAGCAUUCGUAAUCAAAGCACAUCGAAUCGGAGCACGUACAACGAUAAGAAACACAUGAAAAAUAUGAUGGCCCCGAGCAACCUUAAGAGAGAAAGCAACUUCAAUAAUAACAGCCUUAACAUAAUAACAAUGAAAGAACAACCAGCUGGACUUGUAAAUUAUUCUGCGACAUGUUAUAUCAAUGUAGUAUUACAGUGUUUGGCUGUUUACUUUAAAUUAAUAUAUACAUUACACAAUUAUGUAACAAUGAAAUAUAAAAAUUUAAAUUUUUCAAGUGAAGACACAGAUAAUAUGAAUUCCUCAUUUAUUAAUAAAAAUUUUUUUACCAAUAGCAUCCCUUUUAACCUAUUUGGGAAUAAUAACAAAAAAAAAGAUGAAUGUCUAUUGAUAGCUUUGUCACAGAAAUUAUUUCAAUUAAGCAAAAUGCACAAUAAAGGAAAAGUUUUAAAUGUUAAUAAGUUACUAAGUUUAUUAAAUGAUAAAUAUUCUUACCUAUUUGAAUAUAAUGAACAACAAGAUUGUCAUGAAUUUCUUUUGCUAUUAUUUGAUUUUAUUCAUAAUAUGACAAAAGUGGUUGAUGAAAACGUCGAUAAAAAUAAUAAAAUUGAUUACUGUUUGAAAAAAGAGCAAUCAGUCAUAUCAGAUUUGUUUUUAGGUCUAAUUGAAGAAAAAAUUACAUGUUCUCAAUGUAAUUAUGUGAAUUAUAUAUACCAACCUAUAUACAAUUUAAGUGUUAAUGUUUUUAAAAAAAAUCCAGAAAAUAAUUUAAAUGAUAAUUUGGUUGAAUACUUCAAAAAAGAAGAAGUAAAUUCAACUUGUGAAAAAUGUAAAUGUAAAAAAAUGUUUAAAGAAUCAUGUGUCUACAAACAACCAAAAAUACUCAUUGUCCAUUUGAUUCGCCUAUUAGAGGAUGGAUCGAAAAUUGACAAUCCAAUCAAAUUUGAUGUCAACAAUUUUACCAUUCAAAAUGUUUUGAAGAAAAAAAAUUCACAAUAUAUUGAAAAUCCAAAGAAAUACAACUUAUGUGGUGUUAUAGUUCACAGGGGAUUGAACUCAAAUUAUGGACACUACAUUUGCUACACCAAGAGGAGGCACUCCAAUGGAGCUACCGUGUGGCAUAAGUUUGAUGAUAGCAUAGUGACAGUCGUAGAUGUUUCAGAAGUGGAAUCUGCCAAAGCAUAUUGCCUUUUCUAUGAAAGCCAAUAA